AUGCCCGAGUUACUUGCUUCCGGUUCAGAUGAGCCAUUGAUGAGCAAUGUUAAACCAUUAACUAAUGCUACUCUAACUAUAAGAGUAAUUAAAUCUUUUCCAUAUAGAAAUGUGAAGAGUUUUGUCUUGAGAGACUAUAAUUUAAGAAAUAAAACUGCAAAGGAUCUUUUCGAAGAUGUUACCAAUCACAUCAAUACUGCAUCUGGAUUUAAACCAUUUCGUUCCGUGAAAUACGAUACUAUUAAGAUAUAUACCCAUGCCCAUGGAUCUAAAACAGUGAAUCUGGUAAUAAAUUUCGAUCAUGAUGAAGAUUGGUGUCUAAAAAUAGAAGAUGAGGUUAAAACUUUGGAAAAAUAUGGUAUUAAGAACGAAACAGAAUUGUCAAUCUACAACCGGAACGAAUAUGAGGAAUUCAAAGCUAAUCCUGAAGAGAAGUGGUUAUAA